UAUUCUGGGCUCCCAGCGCCGGACUCUUGGGUCACCUAUUGUGCUGGAGUAGAAGAGGCACGCGAAGCCCCUGGGGAAGUUGCAGGCUUUGAUUCUCCCUGCCAGGACUCACCCGUCACCCGUCACCAUGCCUUUCGGAAACACCCACAACAAGUGCAAGCUGAACUUCAAGCCGGAAGAGGAGUUCCCCGACCUCGUGAAGCACAACAACCACAUGGCCAAGGCCCUCACCCUGGACAUCUACAAGAAGCUGCGCGACAAAGAGACCCCCAGUGGCUUCACCCUUGACGAUGUCAUCCAGACGGGCGUGGACAACCCAGGCCACCCCUUCAUCAUGACCGUCGGCUGUGUGGCUGGGGACGAAGAGUCCUACGAGGUGUUCAAGGACCUCUUCGACCCCGUCAUUCAGGACCGGCACGGCGGCUACAAACCCACCGACAAGCACAAAACUGAUUUGAACCAUGAGAACCUGAAGGGUGGAGACGAUCUGGAUCCAAACUACGUGAUCAGCAGCCGCGUUCGGACUGGCCGCAGCAUCAAGGGCUACACCCUCCCCCCCCACUGCAGCCGUGGGGAGCGCCGUGCCGUGGAAAACCUCUCCAUCACCGCCUUGACCAGCCUGACAGGAGAGUUCAAGGGCAAGUAUUACCCCUUGAAGAACAUGUCCGAUGCGGAACAGCAGCAGCUCAUCGACGACCACUUCCUCUUUGACAAGCCCGUCUCGCCACUCCUGCUGGCCUCUGGCAUGGGCCGGGACUGGCCCGACGCAAGAGGCAUCUGGCACAAUGACAACAAGACCUUCUUGGUCUGGGUGAAUGAGGAAGACCACCUGCGUGUCAUCUCCAUGCAGAAGGGGGGCAACAUGAAGGAAGUCUUCAGGCGUUUCUGUGUUGGGCUGCAGAAGAUUGAGGAGAUCUUCAAGCAAGCUGGCCACCCCUUCAGUUGGAAUGAGCAUUUGGGCUAUGUCCUGACUUGCCCCUCCAACCUGGGCACUGGCCUGCGUGGUGGCGUCCACGUAAAACUGGCCCACCUCAGCAAGCACCCCAAGUUUGAGGAGAUCCUCACGCGCCUCCGUCUGCAGAAACGUGGCACAGGUGGUGUGGAUACUGCCGCCGUAGGUGCCGUGUUCGACAUCUCCAACGCCGACCGCCUGGGCUCCUCCGAGGUGGAACAAGUUCAGCUGGUGGUUGAUGGCGUGAAACUCAUGAUCGAGAUGGAAAAGAAGCUGGAGAAAGGCCAGGCCAUUGACGACAUGAUCCCUGCUCAGAAGUGAUAGCCCCACGUGGACCAGCGCUCGAACUCCAGGGGGGGGUGACCCCAACUCUGCCACUCCCGGCAGCCACUCUCCUGUGUCCUCCUCUCUCCUGCCCAGGCGAGGCGAGGGCUGAGUGGGUGGCUGCCCCAUGCCAGCUGGGAAGCUCGUGUCAUCUGAGCCCUAGUGGAAGGAGUUAAUAAAGCUAGCGAUGGCCGCCAAAGCCUUGCCUCCCCCCCUA